CACGCAGAGAAUAUCGGCAAAAUGCCGGAAGAGUACAUGUCCAUGCUGAAAAGCCUGCCAUCAGAGGUAGACAAGGUCAAAGAACCCGUUGUUGGAGUAGCAACGGUAGACGUGACCCUUCAAACAGGGCCGCCUCGUCAUCUGGCAUCUGGUAUCUUGUACGGAAUACCAGAUAGACCAGAUCAGAUACCUGAUCACUUUUACAAAGACCUUGGGUUCAAUUAUGGUCGAGGUGGUGGAUCUCAAUUACCCGGAACCAAAGGCUACGCCGUCAGUCUCGAAGACUACAAGGCUCGCUUUGCUUCAGCGUUGAGUAACUACAAUACUACUCGAAAACACGGCGGCGAGUUCAUUUAUUUGCUCCCUGCUGCUUGGGGUGCUGAUGGCGGACAGUCGGAAAACUUUGCGUACCCUGGAGACAACGAUGAUUGGACGAGUUGGGAUGUGUUUCUCGAACGGACGCUUGAUGAUGUGAAGAAGUCUGAUAUGAUUGAGGGGCUCGUUAUAGAUAUUUGGAAUGAACCGGAUUUGAGCUUCUUUUGGAAUAGAUCGAUGGAGCAGUGGUUGGAACUCUGGACUCGUUCGUUCAAGAAGAUUCGAGAGGCGCUUCCAUCCGUUCGGAUUACUGGCCCCAGUAUGUCCGCCAUCCCCUCAACGUCCCAUGAAUGGUGGUCAGCCUUCCUGCCUCGCUGCAAAGAUAGCCUACCCGAUCAAUGGUCCUGGCACAUGGAGGGCGGCGACGAAGCAGUCACCAUGGCGAGAUCAAUGGCCUCAUUCCAUGAUCUGUUGUCCAAGCACGACAUUCCUCUCGAUAAGGCUCAAGAUGUGAACAUCAAUGAAUAUGCUGUUUAUGGAGAACAAGUCCCGUCUGCGGGAGCAUGGUGGAUCGCUGGUCUUGAGCGAGAGAAUGCACAUGGCCUUAGAGGGAAUUGGGCUAUCGCUGGAGCGUUGCAUGACUUUAUGGCUGGUCUCUUGAGUAAGCCCAACGGCAGUGGUGGUAGCUACGCCAUCGAGGGGGAAGGAUACUGGCCAACGGCUGAGUUUCAGGUCUACCGGUAUUACGCCUCAAGCAUGAAGGGACAACGUCUGAGGACCACCGCGAGUUCAGAUGGGUUGUUCGAUGCUUAUGCGACUGUUGAGGGGGACGUUGUGCGGAUACUAGCGGGUACGCGCUCGAGACCAGGGAAUUGGACGAUUGAUGUAGUUGGCCUGACAGAUGAUACACGAGUCAAGGUCAAGACACUGGCAUUUCGAGUUGUUGAUGGGGAUAGGUUCAAGCGUGUUGAUAGACCGCAUGAUCUGGAGGAGAGGGAAGAGGUUGUGAAGGAGGGGAAGUUGAAGUUGAGGAUGAAGCAUCAAGAUCCUACGACGGCUUUUGCGUUCGAGUUGAGUGUCUGAGAUGGAAAAGUAGAAUACUUAGAAUAUCGUACUUACAUCCCAAGCCUAUAUGAGUCAUGGUGAUGGGUUCA